AUGAAGUUAUUGGCCGUGCUACUGGUUAUCGUCGGAGUCGUUGCCACCGGAGCGUGGGCCGAGGAAGAUGACUUCCGAGAGCCAAUUGCUCUAGCGAUGGCAAAACGGUUUGCAUUAACAGAUUUAGACGAGCAGUAUGCUGACGAUGAAGAUGAUACUUAUGACGAGGAAAAACGAUCGGCCGACAUUCAACCGGAAUACUUGCAGGUUCCUCGGGAAAAAAGGUGGGCAGACCCUGCACCAGCGGAAGCCAGUACUACACCGGCUGCUUCAACCGUUGCGGCCAAACAACGCUAUGAAACGAAGCCCAUGAGGAAACGAUCACCUUCAUCCGUUGCGCCCCAACGAUAUGACACAACGCCCGUGAGGAAACGAUCACCCUCAUCCGUUGCACCCCAACGAUAUGAAACGAAGUCCAUGAGGAAACGAUCACCCUCAUCCGCUGCACCCCAACGAUAUGACACGACGCCCAUGGCUAAACGAUCACCCUCAUCCGUCGCACCCCAGGUUCGAACUGAAACGAAGCCCAUGAGAAAACGAUCACCCUCAUCCGCCCCACCACCGCCCCAACAACGAUAUGACACGACGCCCAUGAGGAAACGAUCACCCUCAUCCGCUGCACCCCAGCAACGGACUGACACAAAGCCCAUGAGGAAACGCUCUCCUUCAUCGGUUGCGCCCCAACAACGAUCCGAUAUGUCGACGAAGGCCAUGAGGAAACGCUCACCUUCAUCCGUUGCGCCCCAACAACGAUCUGACAUGUCGACGAAAGCCAUGAGCAAACGUUCACCUUCAUCCGUUGCGCCCCAGCAAAGAUCCGACACGACGCCCAUGGCUUCAACUGCUGCCCCUAAACAACGAACUGACACGAAGCGCAUGAGGAAACGAUCACCUUCCUCCGUUGCACCUCAAAGAUAUGCGGAAACAACAAUGCAGGCGGUAACUCAUUUUCGGUUCGUCGAUACCAAGGAGGACUUUAUAACCUACCCAUGCAAGGUCAACCGAGCGUGCGUCGAUUUUAAGCUGCAGGAGUUACAAGAAGAAAAAUUCAAAUGCCUCAUCUUCGUGUGCGGACUCAAAUCACCCAACGAUUCGGACAUUCGGAUGCGCCUAUUGUCCAAGAUCACCGAGACGAAUAACAUCACCCUGGAAAAGGCUCAGACUUGCUCGGAGAGUUUGGGUUAUCGGACGUACCGUUUUCGUCCUUCUACACAAAUACAGUUUACGCUGAAGAAAAAGGUCCGGCCAGUGUUCAAGCCCAAGCGACCGGUCUCAUAUGGAAUGGAAUCAGUCGUCGAAGGAUUAGCCGCCGUUCGUUCCCUGCAAGGUAUGAAACGCGAAGAGGAUCGCAGUAUGUCCGUGUCGCCGCCAUUGACCGGUCAGCACCAUCACCAUCUCCAGCAGCAGCACCACCACCUGAACAUGAACUUGAACCACAGUCCAACCCUGUUCGGAAGCUACCAUCCGACGGCUUCGGCCAUGGGAAUGCUGGCACCGCAGCUGCUAGCCGCCAACCAGACCGCAGCCGCCCUGAUGGCCGCCGGCUUGCCGAUGUCGCUACGGGCGACAUUAGCGACCGGUCUGUUUCCACCUCAUCCGGCCCUGUUCGGAGCCUGGGCUCCACCGACGCCCACCAGCAACAACAGCAGCCCACCGCCGCCGCAAAGUCCCAUCUCACCGGCGCUCAGCCAGAAAAGUUCCAAAUCUCUCAAACUCACCGCCAACAACAACCACAUCGUAUCGACCACUUCGGAAAUCCUACCUCAACAGAAGAAGCUAGCAAAGCGGAAACAACUCUCUAUCAAACCAGACUCUGCACUGCUUCAGAUGCCCGGCCAAUCCAUGCCCGUCGAUAUCCCGAACAUGGACAUGGUCAGCCCGGGCCCUAUCUCACCGCCUACCUCCGGCUCGUCGCCUCAAUCCAACGGAAGCGUCGAAAUGCCCCCUGUCAUCACUACCUCGAUAAAGGAUCACUCCCGUGAUAAGGUUUUCACCUGCAAGAUCUGCAAUCGCUCGUUCGGCUACAAGCACGUCCUCCAGAAUCACGAGCGAACCCACACCGGCGAGAAACCCUUCGAAUGUCCCGAGUGCCACAAGCGCUUCACCCGAGAUCAUCAUCUAAAAACUCACAUGCGACUUCACACGGGCGAGAAGCCCUACUCGUGUACCCACUGUGAUCGCCAGUUCGUCCAGGUCGCCAAUCUCCGACGGCAUCUGCGGGUACACACCGGUGAAAAACCGUACGAGUGCGAAAUGUGCGAACAGAAGUUUAGCGAUUCCAACCAGCUGAAAGCUCACAUGCUCAGCCACAGCGGUCAGCGGCCAUUCCACUGUGAUAGGUGCAACUCCAGCUACCGCCGGCGGCACCAUCUGCUUCAUCACAAGUGUGGCAUCACCAGCCCGCCAACGCCCGCCAUCAGUCCGUCGAUGUCGCUGUGCGAUCAAAAGUCCGGCUGCUCCGAAGUCUCCGACCUGUCCAUGGAACUUAAGCCCUCCGUCUUGCUCCACCAGAAGCUUUCCGGUCUGUCCCUUCCGCUGGACUUCAGCUCACCGGACGCUCGCAGUCAUCAUCACGCGGCGGCCGCCGCCAUCGAUCUCCGAUCGAUCCGAACGCCACAGCAAAUAACCCACAUCAAAUCCAGCCUGCCGGAGCAAACCGAACCGGAAGACCUCAGCAUGCAUUCGCCCCGCUCGCCGGUCACCCUGGAGGAGCUGGAAGAGCUGGACGAUGCCGCCUCGCUGUACCUGAAGCAGCGCCAGCAAAAAUUGGCUCUAGCGGCCGCAGCCGCUGCAAUGGCCACCGCCGCCAGCACCAACGGACCAGCCCCACGUCACGGUAUGGAAUCUUAA